AUGGCUCGCCUACGUCGGGCCGUUCCCAAACGCAAACACAAGGUCAUCCAUGAGCGAGUGUCGCAGCAGAAGAAGACACUUCGAACAGUGUUGACAUCCGAUUUGAUUUCUCCACGCGACUACACUUUGAUACCGGCGGGAAAUCCAAAGCUGACGACGGCUUGCAAGGAGAUGUGUCGACAAAGCGGUUCUCCAGUCUAUGUAGUUACGAAACCGGCUGAUCAUCUCCGGCGAAGUCAGACCUCUCGAAAUGCACAAAAAUACCUACUUUCUGAGCAUGUUAAUCGCAUCGGCUACCAUUUCCCUACCACAGUGGUUGUAGCAUCCUGUGAAAAACUUGGUAUUACUCUUCGAAGUAUAAACCAGGCAAUUGAACAUGCUUUUCUCCCUAAUGAUCAUUUUUGUGAUCCCAUGGAAAAGUUUCUGUCACAAGAUGAAAUCAACGAGAAGGCGAGGAAUGCCAUCAAGGACUUAUUCCCAGUCAUUCCAGAUUCAGACCUACUUGAAGUUAUUAAACAGUCCUUUCAGAAAGGAGGAGAUAAAGUCGGCGCCAACUCAACUUUAUCUUGGGGUCGCAGAGCAUCAAUGGCCGUAUUAGCCCAUAUUCGCCACAAAUACACUGCCUAUGACAGUAUUCUCCGAGAGAGCAACAAGCGCUCAGGGCGAAACCGUGGGAACUAUCACGGUGCGAGGAGUCAAAUUGAGCCACUCUGUGUGGAUAAGCUCAUUUUGUGGCGUGGGCCUGAUGAAAAUGGCCUACCAGAACUGGAGGACGUGUUUCGUGAAAUAAUUGUCAUAUCGGAUGAUGAAGAUGAAUUCGAGGAAGACGAAGAGGCUGAUUCACAGGAUAGCCAAGUUGUUUACAUUUCCAGCAACACAGUGGUCCACAACAAUCCGUUUACCGAGACAUCUUCUAGCAAGACGCCUGCCAAUGCUAACAAAAACUUCAAACGAAAACACGAUUCCGACGGCCACUUCAAAGAAUGGGUUGAUUUUCAGAGAAGCCGGCCCGGGCACAAAGAAUGGUUUGUUCGUGGAAGAAGAAGUGAGCUUGAGAAAGAAUAUUCGGAAAACAUGGAUGCCGUCUCUCCUAUGGCAAGCCAUACUCCCGAAGCUUUUGGAACGUCCACAUCACAUUUUGACUCUUCGACUGCGAAAGACCACCAGGUUGACGAAAAUCCCGUCGGUAUCCAGUUUGGAUACGUUCCGUUGGAUGGCAAGGGACCAAUUUCUGGAUAUGCGCGAGUUCAAGUCCCAUCGGAACUAACCAGGCAGAAACCAGCAGAUAGUAACGGGUCAACUGACCACCCUCACUCAACAGCGAAUGCUGUUUCCCGCAACUUUUCUCAAUGGGACAUGGGAAUCUCCGUCAGGCCAGCUGACAGAAUUGACAGUAAUAUGCCUGUCUUCGUGAAUGGAUAUGAUGACCUACAGCAGCAAGAUGGGGAACGAGUUGCCAGUCAAGUUACUAGACCCUCCCAAGGCUCUGGAUAUUACACAUGGGAUAGAACAGCAGUUCCUGGAGUAGAUCUUAGCUCCGACAUGGACCACAUGCCAGGCGGGCAAUUCCCUAUUGCAGUGGAGUAUGUUGUGUAUCCUCGCCCGGGCAUUCCAGCCUGGCAAGUCCCUGGUUAUAUUUCAGCGGACCGCGAAUCUCCCUUGGCUACUCAUUACGCUAAUGAGGAACGUGUGACUCUUGCCAGUCACGCCACAAGAUCCCCACAUGGGUCUAGAUAUGACACAUGGGAUAGAACAGCAGGUCCUGGAGUCGAUAUGAGCUCCGGCAUGAACCACAUGCCCGGCGGGCAAUUCCCUAUUGCAGUGGAAUAUGUUAUGUAUCCUCGUCCGGGCAUUCCAGCCCGACAAGUCCCUGGCCAGAUCACAGUAGACCGCGAAGCUCCCUUAACUACCCAUUACGCCGAUGGAUACGUCCGACCUGUUGAGAUUAUUCCCCCCGGAGCUCGCAUUGAUCCACGUCGUAACCCUUUGAAUGACCGUUGGUUUGAGUCCCUUGAGCCUCCGCGUAUUCGACGACGCAUGUGA